AUGUCCUGCGAUUUGACCGACCCCGCUAUCCUCGAGGCCUACCAGGCUAUCGUCAGUGGCACUCCCACCAACUGGCUUAUCCUCGGAUACCAUGAUACCCGCGAUAAGAUCUCGCUGUACUCCAAGGGCACCGGUGGCCUGGAGGAGCUCCGUUCCAACCUGACCGAGGAGGUUCUAUAUGGUUUUGUGAGGAUUGAUGACCGAUUCGCACUCCUCGCCUAUGUUUCCGAGCAAGUCAGUGGUCUCCGUCGUGCGCGCGCCUUGGUGCACGGAAAGGCUGUAGGCGCAUUGUUCAAGAACACGCAUGUCCAGAUCAACUCGUCCAACCUUGCAGAACUCUCGGACGAAAAAGUCCGCAGCCGUCUUGGUCUGCUCGAAGGCCCCCCAACCCCAGAUCCCUCAGGAUCGCCCGUCAUGCCCAAUUCUCCAGCCCCCGUCGCUGCCCCUCGUCCCAUGACCCCCGUCUCCCCGGCCCCUCCAGCAACCUUUAACAACAUCAACACUGCUAUCCCUACGCCUCAAAGCGUCGCCUCCGAGGUCUCGAGCCCCGUCCGUGUCGCAUCGCCUGCUCUUUCCAACGGCGGCACCACAACCCCUCGCACCGAGCGUCAGUUGGAAAUCGAGUCCGCAGAGCGCAAGAUGCGAGAGGAGAUGGAUCGUCAAAAGAAAGCCGAGGUCCUCAAACGCCGAAAGGAGACCCAGGAACGCGAAGCCCGCGAACAAGAAGUCUUUGCCCAUAAGCAAGCCCUGGAACUGGAACAAAAGCGCAAAUACGAAUCCGACCGUGCUGCCCGUGAAGCCAUGAAGAAACAAUUGAUCGAGAUGGAGAAGCUCAGGGGUUCGGGACUGUCGGGUUACAUCACCAUCCAGAUUCAUGGAUCGCCCUUCUGGAGACGUCGGUUCUAUGUCAUGCGCGGACAGGCGAUCUCGUUCUACAGGGAUGAGUUUGAUCGCAAGUCGGCGAUUUCUGAGUUGAGGCUGGGUGGAAGGGUGGUCAACAUUGAGGAUGCUUCGUUGGACUGCUUGAUCCCCAACUCGUUCCGGAUUGACUUGUAUACGGGCGAAUCGCACUUGUUCUUUUCGGAUGCUACCAAGGACAAGGAGUUGGCGAUUGCUGGGUUCAUGAAGUGCAACGAGUCUGCAUAA